AUGUCUGUAGAAAGUAUACCUCGUGAUUUGCGUAAUUUACGAGCUUGCUUACUAUGUUCAAUGAUAAAGAGUGUGGAGCAGUUUGAAUUGGAUGGAUGUGAUAACUGUGAAAGAUAUUUGGGGAUGAAGGGCGAUGAGGAAAAAGUUAGCGAAUGCACUAGUUCAAAUUUUGAUGGAAUGAUAGCUGCGACGGUGCCGGAAGAAUCCUGGGUAUGCAAAUGGCAAAAAAUUAACCGUAAAGUGAAAGGAAUUUACGCAGUUUCGGUCUCCGGUACGUUGCCAUCUCACAUAGUUCAAGAAUUAAAAGCGCAAAAUAUCCGUUACAAACCCAGCAUGCGCGACAUGACUCAAAAUAACUAG